AUGGCAUCUAAGCGCAAGGCUUCGGUAAUGGCUGCGGCUUCGGCUGUUGAUGAGGAGCCAGUAGAUCCAGCAGAUGAACUGAUGUUUCUAUGUCUAGGAGGUGGAAACGAAGUCGGCCGAUCAUGCCAUAUCAUCCAGUACAAAGGAAAAACAGUCAUGCUUGAUGCUGGCCAACAUCCUGCUUACGAUGGCCUCGCCGCUCUCCCCUUCUUUGACGACUUCGACUUAAGCACUGUCGAUGUUCUCCUUAUUAGCCAUUUCCAUAUAGACCACGCCGCAUCUCUUCCCUAUGUUCUAGCGAAGACCAAUUUCAGAGGCAGAGUCUUUAUGACGCAUCCAACCAAGGCUAUCUAUAAAUGGCUUAUCCAAGACAGUGUCCGAGUCGGCAACACUUCGUCGAAUCUUACAUCACAACCCGUAUACACAGAACAGGACCAUCUGAAUACCUUCUCUCAGAUCGAGGCAAUCGAUUACCACACAACUCACACUAUCUCUUCUAUUAGGAUUACUCCUUAUCCCGCUGGUCAUGUACUAGGUGCUGCGAUGUUCCUCAUAGAGAUAGCUGGACUGAACAUAUUCUUCACGGGAGAUUAUUCUCGAGAGCAAGACAGACAUUUAGUAUCUGCAGAGGUCCCUAGAGGCGUUAAAAUCGAUGUGCUUAUCACUGAAUCGACUUAUGGAGUAUCAACCCAUGUCCCAAGACUGGAGAGGGAGCAGGCAUUAAUGAAAUCGAUCACGGGUAUCCUCAACCGAGGUGGACGAGUCCUAAUGCCCGUGUUCGCUUUAGGCAGAGCUCAGGAGCUUUUACUAAUCUUAGAUGAGUACUGGGGUAAGCACCAGGAAUUCCAAAAGAUUCCCAUCUACUACGCUAGCAAUCUAGCACGAAAGUGUAUGGUUGUGUACCAGACAUACAUUGGGGCUAUGAACGACAAUAUUAAGCGUUUGUUUCGAGAACGAAUGGCAGAGGCUGAGGCUGCAGGAGAUGGUGCGGGUAAAGGCGGUCCUUGGGACUUCAAGUAUAUUAGGUCUCUCAAAAGCCUUGAUAGGUUUGACGACGUUGGCGGCUGCGUCAUGCUUGCAAGCCCUGGAAUGUUGCAGAACGGUAUUAGCAGAGAGCUACUGGAGAGAUGGUCACCGAACGAGAAGAACGGAGUUAUUAUCACAGGUUACAGUGUCGAAGGCACCAUGGCCAAGUAUAUCGUCCAGGAGCCAGAUCAGAUUCAGGCCGUCAUGUCAAGGAGUGUCAAUGCCGUGCGGAGGGCCCCUGGUGGCGAUAGCGAGAAAGUUAUGAUACCUCGAAGAUGUAGCGUUGCCGAAUAUUCUUUUGCCGCGCAUGUCGACGGCCAAGAAAAUAAGGACUUUAUCGAAGAAGUGGGAGCUCCUGUGGUGAUUUUGGUGCAUGGCGAGCAGCACAAUAUGAUGCGUUUGAAGUCCAAGCUAUUAUCAUUGAACGCGGGGAAAACAGAUAAGGUCAAAGUGUUUAGUCCUAGGAAUUGUGAAGAACUACGCAUCCCAUUCAAAACCGAUAAGGUUGCUAAGGUAGUCGGCAAACUUGCGUCGAUACCCCUCCCAAAGCAUUUACCUUCGCCUGACGACCAAAACACCGAACUAGUAACCGGAGUUAUCGUUCAGAACGACUUCAAGAUGUCCCUAAUGGAUCCUGAGGAUUUGCGCGAAUACGCAGGUCUUACGACUUCUACGAUCGCGUGUCGACAGCGAUUUACCUUGACCGCAGCUGGUAUCGACCUCAUCAAAUGGGGUCUCGAGGGCACGUUUGGCAGCAUCGAGGAACUUCCGGAGACUAAGAAUCGAAAGGAGACCUCCGAGAACGAGGAGACAAACGGGGAUGACAAGAAGACCGAAGCAGACGAAGAGAUCGCCCAGCUUGUUGCGGCAUACCUGGUCAUGGGUUGCGUCACGGUACGAUAUCGCAACAACGGCGAGGUAGAAUUGGAAUGGGAAGGUAAUAUGCUGAACGAUGGCAUUGCCGACGCCGUCAUGGCGGUUCUACUGUCUGUCGAGAGCAGCCCUGCUGCUGUGAAGCGAUCCGCGAACAAGGAUUCCCACUCCCACCAGUUGCCGGCCCGCAACCCUCACGCCAAUCUCACGCCGGAGGAGCGGUUGGAGCGCCUGUUCAUGUUCCUCGAGGCGCAGUUCGGCGCCGACGCGCUUACUCCCAUCACGGUGCCCAAACUACCGCCUCUAGUCAAGGACAAGAAGCCUAAAAAUCCCGAUGGCGACAACGAAGACGCUGCUUCCGAUGCGUCUAUGGAGCUGUCAGAUGACGGUGACGAAGAGGAGCGGCUCCUAGAGCUGCGGCAGAAGACGGAGCUCGAGCGUCUUCACAAGAUCGGUAUUCCCGUGCCGGGCAUUACUAUCAAGGUGGACAAGAUGGUAGCUACGGUCUGGCUCGAGGAUAUCGAGGUGGAGUGCCAGCAUAAGGCAUUCGCUGACCGGGUCAAGGCUGUCGUCGAACGGGCUGUCGAGAUCACGGCGCCGCUGUGGGGCUGA